AUGGAUCAUGAGCAUUGUGAUGUUGCCUCCGAAAACCAGUGUCUCAAAGAGACACAAAUUGUAUCUGUGACAAGUGUGCCACCGGUUAAAAUAACCGAACCACAACAAGUUCGUCGAAUUCUAUUCAACGAUGAAACGGAUAAUCAAAAGAUUCAUGCAAUAAGGAAAAUUCAAGGAUGCUAUCAUAUAGUAUUGUACUUUGAGAAUGAUGAAGAGGAACAUCAUGAUUGGUCUUUAACGAGUUGGAUUGUGGAGUCACUAGCUAGGACUCUUUUGGAUCAUCCUCUACUAGCUGGUCGAAUUCAUAAAAGAAAUGACGCAACAGGAUUCGAAAUUGUGUCCAAUGAUUCCGGAAUUCGACUCUUGGAAGCUCGGUGUUCCACCACUUUGUCCGAGUUUCUUGAGUUGAAUAGAAAGAAACGCGAUGAUCACGAGAUUGAACUUGUAUUUUGGAAUGAAAUCGAUACUCAAUUUCCUCAGUUCUCUCCUCUCUUUUAUGUUCAGGUGACAAGCUUUAUAAGUGGAGGAUACUCGAUCGGCAUUAGUUGUAGUCUCUUCUUGGCGGAAUUUGUGGUGGUUAAAAAAUUCCUAAAUAAAUGGGCACAAACUUACAACAUGUUACCCUCAAUCUCAAAUAAAGAAAUUGACAGAACCAUAUUUAACUACCUUGGUUCAAAAAAUCCAAAUUUUCUCUCAACAGAGGAUUUAAACAACCACAGUCAAAACAAAAACAGAGUUCAAAGUGUUGGAUUCAAAAUCACUACCAAGGAUGUAAAUUUUAGCAAAGUGUUGUGGAGGGAAUUAGCAAUGGUUUGCAUGGAAGAAGCUGAAGAAAAGCUAGAGAUGAAAAUAGGUUCUAGUUUUAGUUUGGUUGUUAAAGAAUUCUUGGAGGUGGUUGAGGUUGAGAGUGUUACAAAGAGUGGGAUUAAGAAUCAAAUUGUUUGUAUUACAUCAUGGGAUGAUUUUGGAGUGGAUAAGGUUGUUUUUCAUGAAGAAAAUAAGGUUGUUCAUGUUUCUUGUUGGAUUGGAUCGGUUGCUGAUGCAGUUGUGAUGAUAUUGCCAUGCAUAGAGGAGAAUGUGUGUGGUGUGAUUGUGGUUGCACCUAGUUAA